AAUCGAAAAAGAAAAGCAAGCUCACAGAUAGAGAGAAAGCCACAAUUGACACAAAGUAGCAAAAGACAACCAAGAAAACAACAAUCGAAACGAUGAAGACAACUCCAUUCCCCUUGAAGUUUCAUUCUCCUCGCUGCGGUUACGCCACCGCCUUUUCACAUCAGGAAUUCUGCGACCAAAAUCCCGAUACCUCACGCCCCGUGGAUACGAGCAACGAGUACAACCUGGUGGCCGGAGACGACUUUCAGGAACCCCUCCAUUUCUGGCAACUCUACAGUGUGAUUGGAGAAGAACCCAUCCACCAGAUUGUCACGGACUUUUACACUCGCGUCUUUGACGACCACGACGACCCGUCCUUCCGCGAUGUCUUUACCCGUUUGGCGCCCUUGAACCAUCACAUCAAAGUCCAAGUCGCCUACUGGAUUGAUGCCAUGGGAGGCGGACGUCGCUAUCCCGGAGGUGAGUACCGAUUGAACUUUCAUCACCAACACAAUGCUCAGCAGGUCAUGACCGCGCAGGGCGCCAAGCGAUGGAUGUACCACAUGCGCGGGGCCUUGGAAACCAUCAAGUUCGAAGAUCCACGCGUCAAGCCAUGCAUCUUGGAAUUCUUGACGACCAAAAUGUGCAGCUAUGCGCAAAAGUUUGGAUGGGAGUUUGACGAGAAGGACAUGGAACUCUACCAGGAUUAGAUUCCAUGGGUGACGAUGGGUGGCUGCUGCAGCUCGCGUCCAGUGGGAAGCAACAGUUAGCCACUCAUCGUACCGGUACGGAGAACCAAGACAAUGAAAGGCAGAAAACGAAUCGAAUCGAAUACAUGUAUGAGAUUAUGAGACAGCUUUGGAGUCACAAUUAAUUUGCAGUAGCGGUAAAUACAAGUAGUAAAAGUAGUCAUCUCCAACAUAGUAGCCAGAGAGCUAGUGGUAAGUACCGGUAUGAUACGGUAGCGGACACGCCACGGAUAAAAUCGAAUCUCAACCAUGUUAGCAGCGUUGACCGGUAGCUAGAGCUAGCUAUUGGCAAUUGACCAAGCCAUCAUGGCUACUAUUCUCACGAGCGAAAAGAACACGGUAACCGACCCCCCUCGGCCUUCGCAGCAA